AUGGCCCAGCUGCCCCGGCGCACCCCAUUCACCGGCGUCACGCCCGCCCAGAUCGACCUGAUCGGGACGCUGGCCGUCUCCAUGAUGUCCCUCGGAGCGCCCUUCGCGUCGGGCUGGUGCAAAUCCUACUCCCCGCGCCGGAUCACCCUCGCCGGGACGAUCAUCUUCGCCACGGCCAACGUCCUCGCCUCGUUCAGCCAGCACCUCUGGCAGUUCGUUCUCACCCAGGGCGUGCUCCUCGGCUGCGGCACCUGUCUCACCUACAUCACCGCCGUCACCGUCGCCCCGGGCUGGUUCACCACGCACCGCGGCCUCGCCAUCGGGGUCAUCUCCUCCGGCACCGGCGUCGGCGGCGUCGUCUGGGCCCCUGCGCUGCGCGCCCUGAACGCCCGGAUCGGGUUUCGCCACACCCUCCAGCUCACGGGCGGCGUCUCCUCGGUGCUUCUGGGCGCGGCCUCGCUCGUCCUCGACUGGGACCCGCGCACCCAGCGCCACAUCGACGCCGAGCGGGCGGCGGUUCCCUCGUCCCGGCUCCGCGUCACGCUGGUCGACUGGCGCGUCGCGCGCACGCGGAAGUUCCUCGCGCAGUGUCUCUCCGCGGGACUGCAGGGUGCGGCGUACUAUGCGCCGGUCUACUUCAUGUCGACGUAUGCGCGCACGCUGGGCUACUCCGCGGCCACGGGGGCGAUGUUCAUCUCGAUCUCGAACGCGUCGUCGGCGGUCGGGAAGGUGGUCAUCGGGCAUGUGGCGGACCGCGCGGGGCGCAUCAAUGUCUUCCUGCUGACGACGCUGAUGAGCGCGAUCGCGACGCUGGGCCUGUGGCUGCCGUCCACGGUAUCGGGGGGGAAGGCCCUGUUCGUCGCGUUUGCGAUGUUCUAUGGCGUGUUCGCUGGGGCGUAUGUGAGUUUGUUUCCGGCGACGCUGGUGGAGUUGUUCGGGGUGGAGCACUUUGCCAGUGUCAAUGGGUUUCUGUACAUGGUGCGCGGGUUUGCCGCGCUGGUCGGGACGCCGGUGGCUGGGGCGCUGAUCCGGAGUGCGGGCUCGCAUGCUGAUGGAAAAGUCAUGAGCCAGCUGUUCUUCCAUACGAGUAUCUUGGUGGGUGCGUUGCUGGUCGGUGCGACGGUGGGUGUCGUGUGGGUGAGGAUCGAGGCUGCGGUCAGUCAGGCUGGCUUCAAUGGGGGGUCUACUGGAGGGUCUGCUAGAGGGUCUACUGGAGGGUCCAAUAGAAGGUCUAACGGAGGAUUCAAAUGGAGGAUUUGA